AUGAAGAGCAUCAUUAUCAUUGUAGCUCUCUUAUCCCUUGUCUCUCUCUCAAAUACAACUGUCGGAAUACAAAAAUCAUGGCCUAAGCCCUCCGAUCUAGCCAACCACAAUGGCAACUUUGGUGACUCUAAAGUUGGUUGGGCUUGCUCCUCCUCCUCAGAUCCCAAUGCUCCUCCUCCGCCUAUUGGCUCUUUACCCAGUCUCCCCAACAUUCUGGGACUACCAAACCUCCCACCUUUAUCAAACAUUCCAGGACUACCAAACCUCCCACCUCUACCAAACAUUCCAGGACUACCAACCCUCCCACCUCUACCAAACAUCCCUGGACUCCCAAAUCUUCCGGGACUUCCAAAUCAUCCAUUGCAGUCUGUUCUUGUGUCGCAAUUUGGUGAGUUAGAAAAGUGUUUGACCAGAGAUGGAUCCAAAGUGGCGGAGAAAUGUUUUUCGCAGAUCUUCUCGAGUUGGGCAGAGAACAAUUUUGUGUUGGACAAAAAUUGUUGUGAGAUCGUUGUGAAUAUGGACAAGAAGUGUAAUGACCAUCUUCACAUUAUGUUUAAGAGUCAUUUCUUUGCUCCUCUCCUACAAUACUCUUGUCACAUCAAGCACACCAAGAAGAACUAA